GCCGAGCCUCCGAGCGCACAGAGCGGCCGCCCAGGCGGUCAGAGCCGGCAGCCGUGACCAUAGAUAAGCGGAAGCGCGGGCAGAGCGUCCCGCUGGCAGGAUAGCACUAUGGCCUCCCGCGGGGGUCCCCGCGCCGCUGGCACCGACGGCAGCGACUUCCAGCACCGGGAGCGCGUGGCCUCGCACUACCAGAUGAGCGUGACCCUCAAGUCAGAGAUCAAGAAGCUGAUCUACACGCACGUGGGCAUCUGGCUGCUGCUGCUGGCACAGAUGUGCGUGGGGCACCUCAAGCUGCUGCCCCAUGACCAGGUGGCCAUGCCCUACCAGUGGGAGUACCCCUACCUGCUCAGCAUCCUGCCCUCCCUCCUGGGCCUCCUCUCCUUCCCCCGCAACAACAUCAGCUACCUGGUGCUCUCCAUGAUCAGCACCGGCCUCUUCUCCGUGGCUCCCCUCAUCUAUGGGGCCAUGGAGAUGUUCCCCAUGGCACAGCAGCUCUACCGUCACGGCAAAGCUUACCGCUUCAUUUUCGGCUUCUCGGCCGUCUCUGUCAUGUACCUGGUGGUGGUCGUGGCCGCCCAGGUCCACGGCUGGCAGCUCUACUACAGCAAGAAGCUGCUGGACUCCUGGUUCACCAGCACGCAGGAGAAAAAGAAAAAAUGAGUGGGAGAAAAAGAAGAAAGGAGCGGGGACACGGCAGGGACGGGGUGGCAGCUCAGUGGGUGCUGGAGCUCUGCAGCCAGGGUCCUGUGGGGCAGCGCUGGCGCAGCUCCUGCGGGUGGGGGGAGCCCACGGGGACCAAUGUGUGUGUCUGAGCUGUGCCCCGGCUCUGGGUUUGUGUGCAGGGAGCUUGGGAGGGGCGGGGGGAGCAGCUCGUGGGCAGUGGAUGGUCCCCACCGCCGCCCCCCGACCUCCCCCCCCCCCCCCCCCCUUUCUCUGCGUGUUGCUCUAUGGAAAUAAAUCCCCUUCCACGCUCCCACGCGUGUCUGCGCCGGGCGGGGGGGUGGCGGGGCCGCACGUGCCGACGGAGGAAUGCGGUGGGGCGGGGCGCGGAGCGGCGGCUCGGCCAUGGGGCGCCCGGUGCUGCUCGCCGCUGCCGCCGCGCUGCUGCUGCUGCUGCUGCUGCCCGGGGCCGCCGCUGCCGUCACCCGCCUCCGGGUCUCCGCCAAUUUCGAAUGCCGGGCCACCGGUGAGUAUCGCCGGGGCAGGGCUGCGAGCGUGGGGCUCCCCCCACCCGCGGCUACCGGGUCGCGGGAGGGGGGCGUGUGUGUGUGUGUGUGGCUCCCGG